AUGCACUUCAAUCCGUUCUCAGUGUUUUGCACAAAGAGCCUUGUGAUGGAGCUCUUGGACAACAAGGACAACAACACACUUGCUGCUGUUGUGUUGGAAAUGUUCGACGAUAGAUGGCAGCGCAUGCAGACGCUGCAUCCUCCUGGUUCCUUCCAGAGGGCUUUGUUGGACAACGAAAUGCAGGCUGCGGCAGAGACGGCUGGGCAAGAUGUUCCUGUCCUCUUCGGCGAUUUAUCCGAUGAAGAAUUGGACGCGGUACUUCAGGAAGUUGCAGCCGCAACGUUGCAAGACGUUCGCAGUGCCAGCGGCUGGGCGAGAAUCGGGUUUGAUGUCGUCAACUGUUUUUCAACGCUUCUAUCAAGUCCGAAGCCGUAUUCCAGUGAACUCGGCGUGUCAGAUGCCUCCACAGUCUUGCGCAUUGCGGCAUCAAUUCUGCUUCUCGUGUCAACGCCAAUUGCCAUCCUACGCAACUUCUUGGUCCUGGCCAUGGAAGCUCCGUUUUCGAGCACUGCAGGGCUACUGUUGCUGGGCCUGUUGAUUCCAGCGCUGCUACUUCCUGCGAGCUUUACAGAAAGCGCUGCCGUGGCAGAUCCCAGAGCCUACAGUUCCUACAGGCUCUUUGACGCUGGCUGGCUGGUCUUCCUGAUACUGCCCGUGAUGGCACUGUGGCGUGUGCAGCUUCGUGGGAUUCUCACGGAGAGGGAUAGUCACAUGGCGCGGUGUAUCGCAGAUGCCUGUGCAAGGCAUGGUGGACCACAGAAAGUUGUCUUCGCCGUGGUUGGCACGCUUCAUAUGGCUGGCAUAAGCAAGAAGCUGGAGUGCACUGAAGCUGACAUGAGCUGA